AUUCACUCUGUCUAGACUCCAUUUCAAAGUCAACAGAGCAGAAGGAGGAAAACAGUCUGAGGCACGGGGGCUGUAAUGGUGAAACUUAAAGAGGAGCUCUUUAAAAUUCUGGCAAAAUUAAAAGAGGAUGAGUUUAAGGAUUUCAAGUGGUUCCUGGAGCAGGAUGACAUCCUGGAGGGCUCUAAAGGCAUCCCAGUGGCUCAGCUGGAGAGAGCAGAAAGGCGGGACACAGUUGAUCUAAUGGUACAGAACUAUAAGGAUCCUGGAGCUCUGCAGGUAACCAUGAAGGUUUUAGAAAAGAUCAACAGGAAUGAUCUGGUGCAGUGUUUACAAAACUCCUGCUCAGGACCAAAAGCAGAUGGUGAUCUGGACAUGGUUUCAGAGCUAUAUAAGAGAAGUCUGAGAAGGAAAUUUCAACGUGUGACUGAAGGAACGGAUGAAUCAGGAAGUAGAACCCUUCUCAACAGGAUCUACACUGAGCUCUACAUCAUAGAGGGAAGGAGUGAAGAGGUUAAUACCCAACAUGAGGUGACACAGCUUGAGACAGCUUCCAAGAUGGAGACCCUCCAUGACACUCCAAUCAAGUGCCACGACAUCUUUAAAGUCUUACCUGACCAACAAGAACACAUCAUCAGAGUUGUUCUUAUGAGCGGCGUUGCUGGCAUUGGAAAAACCUUCUCAGUACAGAAGUUCACUCUGGACUGGGCAGAGGGUUCGAAAAACCAUGAUAUCAGCCUUGUGAUUCUGCUUUCGUUUAGAGAGCUGAACUUGAUCAAAGAUGAGCAGUACAGUCUCCUCAUGCUGAUCCAUGAUUUCCAUCCAACAUUACAAAAGGUCACAGCAGAGAAGCUUGCUGGCCUUAAAGUUUUGUUCAUCUUUGAUGGCCUGGAUGAAAGCAGACUUUCACUGAAUUUCAAGAACAGGAAGGUUGUGUCUGAUGUCACACAGAAGUCAUCAGUCAGCGUGCUGCUGACAAACCUCAUUGAAGGGAACCUGCUUCCCUUGGCUCUUGUUUGGAUAACUUCCCGACCUGCAGCAACCAAUCAGAUCCCUCUGACAGGGGUUGACAGGGUAACAGAAGUACGAGGCUUCACUGACACCCAGAAGGAGAUGUUCUUCAGGAGGAGAUACAGCAAUGAAGAGCUGGCCAGCAGAAUCAUCGAACACAUCAAGACAUCCAGGAGCCUCCACAUUAUGUGUCACAUCCCAGUUUUCUGCUGGAUCAGUGCUACAGUUCUGAAGCACAUGUUGACUAAAGAUCAGGGAGGAGAGCUGCCCAAGACCCUGACUAACCUGUACUCACACUUUCUGGUGGUUCAGACAAAGAGGAAGAAGCACAAGUAUGAUAAGGGACAUGAGAUUAGUCCACAGGUUCAGACAAAGAUGAAGAAGUAUGAUGAGGGACAUGAAACGAGUCCACAGGAGCUGAUGGACGCUGACAGGGAAGUUCUUCUGAAGCUGGGGAGGCUGGCAUUUGAACAUCUGGAGAAAGGGAACAUAAUGUUCUACCAAAAAGACCUGGAGCAGUGUGGUCUUGAUGUCACAGAGGCCUCGGAGUUAUCAGGAGUUUGUACAGAGAUCUUCAAAAGGGAGAAUGUGAUCUUCCAGAAAAAAGUCUACUGCUUUGUUCAUCUGAGCGUUCAGGAGUUUCUGGCUGCAGUCUACAUGUACCACUGUUACACCAAUGGCAACACUGAGGUACUGAAGUGCUUCUUGGGAGAAGACUACAGUAAAUCAUCCCUGGAUGACUUCCUGAAUAGAGCCAUGAAGAAAUCUCUCAGAAGUGAAAAUGGCCACCUGGACCUGUUUGUUCGCUUCCUUCAUGGCCUCUCUCUGGAGUCCAACCAGAGACUCUUAGGAGGCCUGCUGGGUCAGACAGAGAACAGUCCAAGAAUCAUCCAGAAAGUCAUCAACAAUUUGAAGAAGAUAAACACUGAGGAUAUCUCUCCUGACAGAAACAUCAACAUCUUCCACUGUCUGAUGGAGAUGAACGACCGCUCAGUACAUCAGGAGAUCCAAGAGUUCCUAAAGUCAGAGAACAGAUCAGAGAAGAAACUCUCUGAGAUCCACUGCUCAGCUCUGGCCUACAUGCUGCAGAUGUCAGAGGAGGUUCUGGAUGAGUUGGACCUGAACAAGUACAACACAUCGCUGGAGGGACGAUGGAGACUGAUCCCAGCUGUGAGGAACUGCAGAAAGGCUGUGCUUUCUCAAUGUGGACUCUCAGAGACUCACUGUAAGGUUGUGGCCUCAGCUCUGAAGUCCAACCCCUCCCAUCUGAGACAGCUGGAUUUGAGUGGAAACAACCUGUAUGAUUCUGGAGUGAAUCUGCUGUCAGCUGGACUGGAAAGUCAAAACUGUAGACUGGAGACUCUGAGAUUGUGGGACUGCAGGUUGUCAGAGAUUAGCUGUGCUUCUCUGGCCUCAGCUCUGAAGUCCAACCCCUCCCAUCUGACAGAGCUGCAGCUAAGUGACAAUGAGCUUCAGAAUUCAGGAGUGAAGCUGCUGUGUGAUUUUCUGAAGAAUCCACACUGUAGACUGAAGACUUUGAGAUUGAGUGGCUGCAGUUUAACAGAGAUCAACUGUGCUUCUCUGGCCUCAGCUCUGAAGUCCAACCCCUCCCAUCUGAGAGAGCUGCAGCUGAGUAAAAAUGAGCUUCAGAAUUCAGGAAUGAAGCAGCUGUGUGAUUUUCUGGAGAGUCCACACUGUAGACUGGAGACUCUAAGAUUGAGGUACUGCAGUUUGUCAGGGAUCAGCUGUGCUUCUCUUGCCUCAGCUCUGAAGUCCAACCCCUCCCAUCUGACAGAGCUGGAUCUGAUUGGAAACAACCUGCGAGACUCAGACAUGAAGCUGCUGUCUGAUCUUAAGGAGAGUCCACACUAUAGACUGAAGUAUCUGAGAUGGGAGUUUCUUUAAGAGUGUGAGUGAACAUCCAGUUGUGUUGAGAGAGGAUCAGUUGUACCCUGAUGAUCCAUCUGGACCGGAGUCUGGAUCUAGAUUUCGUCUUCUUCACUUAAGUCUCUUAGCUGUCUACAAACUGAACAGUUAUCUCUGAAUUUUGUUGAAGUCAGCACUUUAGAAAUUUGAUAUACAUGACCUAUUUGAUGCAGAAAAGAUGAAAAAACAGGUGUUAUAAGUCAGACUCUGACCCUGGGCCCCUAUUUAUCAAGCAUCUCGGAAUCGCACUGAGAGUUAACAAGGACUAAAACUAAUUUAUGAAGCUGAAGAGAAUUUUAUUUUAGCUUUCAGCAGGAGAUGGAUUACUCCUGGGAGACAGUGAAACAUCGCUGUUUUAACAAUGUAAACAAAUAUUGUUAAGGUGCAUCCUCCUCUCUCAAAUAUCAGGCUGUAGCUCUGCUGUUAUUUGAAGUAGCCUAAAUAAAAAAUAACCACAUAAAAUAUUUGACCUGUUGUAAUGAAGUUGAGAUAUCCUUCAUUAUGCAACUGACAUGAUUGUGUUCAAAUAAAAGUUUUAGUGGGCUGUAACUGAGGACCCUUGUCAUGCUCAUUAUCUUUACGACGUGCAUUAAGCCAGAUCAAAGUUUGAUUCAUGACUUCCAUCAUUGUCGGUUCUGACAGAAUCGUCACUGUUGCACAGCUGUAUUUCCCCCAUUAUGAUAAAGUGUAACAUUGUGAGGACACUCUGUAUUUAUUUAAAUGAUGUUCUGUAGAAACAUCAUGUGGAGAACACAUGAAUUUAUCAUUGGUCCAGAAAACCUGCAUGCACAGGUCAAAUCCUAUCUUGGUUUUGUUGAUAACAACAUCAAGCCUGUAGUGAAAAACUUCGUAUUUUUUGAUUCCAGUUUUGAUGAUCAGCAGCUCGUCCAGUCCUGUUUAUCCUUUUAACUAAAACCAGGAAAAUCACAUCACUGGUUACCUGAUUGUUUUAGGAUUGACUUGAAAGAUUUGAUCGAUUACAUUUAAAGGCUCUUCAUGGCUCCAGAUUACAUUUCAAAGUUGCUCUGUCUAUAAAUAUUAAAGGUAUGGGUAUUUAGCUUUUAUAUGCUUUUUUAUGUCUUUUUAACUAUAGAUCAUUGUCACACUGCACUAGGUCCCAAGAAAAAUGCACCUAGUCCUCGAAAAUCAUCAUGUUAGUACUGAGAUUGUGAAACUGGCUUUUAAGUACGAUGCUCUAUACAAGAGGAACAAUCUGCAGAAGCUUGUAAAAUUAGACAGGCUAAUCCCUUUUAAUCAAUUUUAAUCUCUUCUGACUGACAUAGAGCAGUGUGAGUGCAGUUUUUUUAAAUUGAUGUUGUUCCUUAUGUUGAUGUCUUUGGCCUUUUUGGUUUAUAAUCUGUUGAUACUGUCAUUUUUGUGAGCUUUUAUUGUUUGUUGAUAUGUACCUUUAUUGUUUCGUGUACUUUUAUGUACUUUACUCAGGGUGUCCAUGUAAAAGAGAGCUUGUUCUCAAUGGCCCUCCCUGUUUAAAUAGUGGUUGAUGACGAUGAUGAUGAUGAUAUGCAAAAAAAAAAAAAAAUGACUGGUUUAUAUCUCAUGAUAUUUAACAAGCAUCUUGCAUGUAUUGUACAACACUGCACACAGCAAUAAUGAUGCAAACAGACUGUGUGCACAACUUCAUUAAAAACUUAAUGAUUUGAUUAAUGAUUGAUUUGAUUAAAAAAUGUAUCUUCUCCACUGUCCAACUCAUGUCCAGCUAAACCUCCUGUUGACUUCUGUGUCCUUACAGGUCUUUUAAAUAUAUCUCUACCAUCAGUAGUUUAAAACUAAUGAAUCAUUAAAUAAAUAAAGCCAUGAUUUGCAUGAAUGCAGCUUGUUUUUCUAUAACUUCACACUGAGUGGCAGGAAAUGAAUUAGUGCUGAUUAUCAGCACAGAUAAAUAUGGGCCCUGGUCUUUGCUGUCAGGAUUCUGGAUCAAUCGGUUUGAGGAGCUCAGUCUGAUAAGUCAUUAUCUUCCUUUAUAUCACUUCUUAAAACUAAUUUUUAUCCACUGAUGUACCAAUUAUUUUUGUUUUAUAUGCUGUACAUCUAAAAUUUGAAUCUUAUGUCUGUUUUACUGUUUUAUUUUCUUCCUGUAUGUUUGUGUUAGUUUUGUGUAAAGCAUUCUGUAAUGUUGGUUUUGAGAAGUUUUAUACACUUCUGAAGGGAGGGUGGUGAGAUGAUGGUGGUGGUGGUGGCAAACAAAGACCAAAUUUUAACAUCUUUGGAAAUAAAUUAA